UGCGUGCGAGACCGCUUCUUCCCUGUCUAGUCUAGCGACUACGUAAUUCCUGCGUGUGCGUUGUCGCGCUGUGCUGUGUGGAAGCCAAGGAAAGAAGAGCAGAGAUCGAGUAGUAGUAUCACCAUCAGCUCGCAAUAAUACCUGCACGCCCGUUUUGUUGCCUAGCUCUUGUCACCGAACCUCCCCCUCCCCCUCCCUGAAAACCCCACCCACCCCUCUCGCUCUUGCUCUUCCCUUCCCAUCUAGGCCAGCCACCGCCCAGCACCAGGCAGCAGCUCUUCCCCAUUUCCUUCGCGCUCUCUAAGCUCAUCACAGCCUGAUCUAAGCUGAUCCAAGGCUCGGAGAGACUAAUUAGUUGAUGGCCGCCGGUGCGGGGGGUGCGGCAGCGGCCGCGGCGGCGGUGCAACACGCCGGACCGGCGGGGAGGGUUGGCGGAGGCGGAUCUUCGUCGGCGGGAGGAGGAGCGGCGGCGCCGGACCCGCGGGCGGAGGCGCUGCGGUGCCCGCGGUGCGACUCGGCAAACACCAAGUUCUGCUACUACAACAACUACUCCCUCUCGCAGCCGCGGCACUUCUGCAAGGCGUGCAAGCGCUACUGGACACGCGGGGGCACCCUCCGCAACGUCCCCGUCGGCGGCGGCUGCCGCAAGAACAAACGCUCCAGGAGUUCCAGCGGGGGCGGCGGCAGGGUCGUCUCGUCAAGCUCUGCCGCCGCUGCCGCUGCUGGUGGCGGCACGGCUUCGUCCUCGCUGCCGCUACCGCCGCACGGGUCGGCGUCUUCGGCGCUGCAGGGGCUCCACCACGGGAGCAGCUCGCUCGCGUCGCUGCUGCUCGGGACCGGCGGGGGAGGCGACCACCUCGGGCUGUUCCAUCAGGCCAUGCAGUCCGUGGUCUCCGACAACGCCGCCGCCUACGAGAUGCACAACCAGCAGCAGCAGCAUCAGGCGCAGGUGGAUCAGCUGCUGGGGCUCGGCUACGGGUCGCACUCGCAGAUCCAAAUGAAUAAGCCGUGGCUCGGCCAUGACGGCGCGGGGGGGCUCUUCGACGGCUUCUACGCGCCGCUGCUGUCGGGCUGCUCCAUCGUGCCGGGGCUGGAGGAGCUGCACGUCAAGGCGGAGGCCACCGCCGGGGAAAAUCACCAUCAGCACAAGAAGGACGGGGAGCAGCAGCAGCAGCAGAGCGGCGGCAGCUGGGAGCAGCACCCGAAUUCCUCCUCCUCCAACGUGGAGGCCUGCAACAACAACAUCAUGGCGUCUGAAGCGCUCAUGGCCGCCAUGAACCCGGCGGCGGCGGUCAGCAGCAACGCGGCCACGGCGCCGACUACUGUGUCCUCCUCCCAGCUCAUGUACUGGGGCAACGGCGGCGGCGCCCCCGCGGCGUGGCCGGACAUCGGCGCCAACUGCGGAUCGUCCAUCGCCACCUUCUUCUAGCUCUAGCUAGCUCUACCUAAGCUAGCUAGCUCGUUGAUUGGUCGUUAACUUUUUUUUCUCCAUCGAUCAUUUUUUUUUCGGUUAAUUUUUCCUUGACCAAAAUAACAUGUAAUUUGUGGGGGGGAAUUAAAGCUGAGAUGUGAGAGAGCUAGCAUACUCCGGGUAGCAUAUAGAGAGAGAUAUGAUCUCGGAGGGCACAAGACUAUAUUAGUGCCAAAGAUCCACAAGAAAAAGAAGAAGGAAUCAUAGGGUUUCUUAAUUAUUUCGCCGAGGGAGAUCGACUCCAUGUUCUUCUUCCUCGCCGUCGAGAUGAUGCGUGGAUCAAAACGAGGAGUAGAGGGGAAGCAAGCAAGGAAGGAAUUGUAAGUGGAGCAUCCUAGCUACCUUUCGGUACUUGAUUUGCUACUUCUCCUUCAAUUCCUAGCUAGCUAGCUUGGGUGUUUUGUAUAUAAGGCAUAGGGGCAUAUGGUGUUAGUAUGUGGGGGAUAUAUGAGAGCAGCAGCAUGGUGGUGCAAGUCAUGAGCCUCUCUCUACCUUCUUUCUCUCUCUCAUCUUGGCAAUUUUAAUUAGUGUGUUUAAUUGGUUGCUCUACCUUGCAUUUGCAAACUCUUUAGAUGUAUAAGUUAAUACUUGUACUACCCCUUGAAGCACAAUUAGAGAGAACUGUUUUUGAGUUCUCGAACAUUGGUCACCUUGGAGGGUUUCUCCCUAGUUCCUUUCUCUCUCUCUCUCUCUCUCUCUCUCUCUCUUCAAGAGUGGAUUUUCUUUCCUUCCCUUGGUUUCUUUUUUUGUUCAAACUCUGUUGUAUCAAUGAUGACGUUGUGAGUUAUGAGAAAUUAAAACUACCACUGUUCUCCUGAA